CGCUAUUUAAAGGGGAAGCAACAUGGCACACGCUUUAGUCAAACAGGAAUCUGUCGAGUGGGAGAUGCAGAAGUCAGCAGACCAAAGCAAGACCUUUGUUUACACGAAGAAGAGGGGGUAUGAUGUUACACGCAACCCCCACUUAAAUAAGGGGAUGGCCUUCUCCCUGGAGGAGCGCUUGCAGCUUGGCAUUCAUGGCUUAUUGCCUCCUUGCUUCCUCAGCCAGGAUGUGCAGGUAUUGCGGGUCCUCAGAAACUACGAGUUAAAAAGGGAUGACUUGGACAGAUAUGUCUUUCUGAUGGGCCUUCAGGACCGUAAUGAGAAGCUGUUUUACCGAGUCUUGACCUCAGACAUAGAGAGGUUCAUGCCCAUUGUGUACACACCUACAGUCGGCCUAGCGUGCCAGCAGUAUGGCCUUACCUUCAGGAGACCUAGGGGCCUAUUUAUUACAAUUCACGACCGCUCCCACAUCUCCACACUACUUCAGAGCUGGCCAGAGAAGGACAUUCGUGCCGUAGUGGUGACAGAUGGGGAGAGGAUUCUGGGCCUGGGGGAUCUGGGCUGCUAUGGCAUGGGCAUCCCUGUGGGUAAACUGGCCCUCUACACCGCCUGUGCUGGAAUGCCGCCUCAGCAGUGCCUUCCUGUUAUGCUGGACGUAGGGACAGACAAUGAGGAACUUCUAAAGGACCCUCUGUACAUUGGUCUGAGACAUAAAAGAAUACGUGGACAGGCCUAUGAUGAGCUUCUGGAUGAAUUCAUGAAGGCUAUCACAGACAGGUAUGGGGUGAACUGCCUUAUCCAGUUUGAGGAUUUUGCCAACAUCAACGCUUUUCGUCUGUUGAGCAAGUACCGCAACAAGUACCUCACAUUCAAUGACGACAUUCAAGGUACUGCUGCUGUGGCUGUGGCAGGACUGCUGGCUGCCCUUCGCAUUACCAAGAGCAAAAUGAGCAACCAUAUCGUUGUAUUUCAGGGUGCAGGGGAGGCUGCAAUGGGCAUAGCUGAGCUCAUCAUUAUGGCGAUGGAGAAGGAAGGACUUCCUCGUGAGCAGUGUAUAAAGAAAAUCUGGAUGGUGGACUCAAAAGGACUUAUUGUUAAGGGUCGGGAUCACCUCACCCAUGAGAAAGAGAGGUUUGCACAUGAGCACGCUCAAAUGAAGAAGCUUGAAGAUGUUGUGAAGGAGCUUAAACCCACUGCUAUAAUCGGGGUGGCAGCUAUCGCUGGCGCUUUCACAGAGGAGAUAAUCAAGACUAUGGCAUCCUUCAAUAAGAGGCCUAUUAUCUUCGCUCUAAGCAACCCCACCAGCAAGGCAGAGUGUACUGCUGAACAGUGCUACACACUCACUGAGGGACGGGGGAUAUUUGCAAGCGGGAGUCCUUUUGAUCCAGUAACCCUUCCAGAUGGGCGAAAGUUCUACCCUGGUCAGGGCAACAACGCUUACGUGUUCCCCGGAGUGGGGCUGGGGGUCACCGCUUGUGCAGUGAGACACAUCCCUGAGGAUAUUUUCCUCGUUACGGCCGAGGUGAUAGCAGAACUAGUGACCGAGAAGGAUCUUGCAGAGGGACGUCUGUAUCCUCCUCUCAGCAGCAUCCGGGAAGUGUCCAUCAAGUUGGCUGUGAAGAUUGUGGAGUAUGCCUACAAAAUCAAAAUGGCAACGCUGUACCCGGAGCCCCACGAUAAAGAGGCUCUUGUUCGUUCGCUCAUCUACAGCACAGACUAUGAAGAGUUUGCUGUGGAUUCAUACAGCUGGCCCGAGAACGCCAUGAUCGUCCAAACAUGUAAACUGUGAGCUCCCAAAAUGAGAUUUAUAUGGCAAUUCUCUUUUAAAUGUAAUUUCUUAACAUGAUUACAACACUACUGUAAACCUCUCCUCAAUAAAAUGUCUUAGUAGA